AUGUCCUCCGGCACGACAUCCAUUGGGGAGAAACCCCAGGAUUCCUCAAACGACAACAACUCAGACUCCAAGCUCGAAUCGGGUGUGCCCACAGACACGGGCAACGAGUCCGGUGAUGCUGAAGAAGUAUCCCCGAGACAAAUUCACGGUGUUGUGUGGGUCUUGGUCGUGAUUGCAAUUCUGUCCAGCAUCUUCCUUUACUCUUUGGACAACACCGUGGUGGCCGAUAUCACACCCGCCGUCGUCAAUGCUUUCGGUGACGCGUUGAAGCUGCCGUGGCUGUCUGUUGGAUUCCUUCUCGGUGGUGCGGCGGUCGUGCUCCCUUUUGGCAGACUGUUUGGCUUGUUCGAUGCGAAAUGGCUGUACAUCCUGUCAGCCCUCCUCUUCAACAUUGGUUCGGCCCUCUGUGGAGCUGCCCCCAACAUGGAUGCCCUCAUCAUCGGGCGUGUCCUCGCUGGUAUGGGUGGUAACGGCAUGUACCUCGGUGUCAUGACUCUGCUGUCCGUCAACACUUCCGACCGCGAGCGCCCGGGCUACCUCAGCUUCGUCGGCCUGGUUUGGGGUAUCGGCACAGUUCUGGGACCUGUGGUCGGUGGCGCCUUUGUCGAGUCGCCGGCUACCUGGCGGUGGGCCUUCUACAUCAACCUCUGCGUUGCUGGAGUGUGCGCCCCGGUUUACCUCCUCUGGAUCCCGUCUUUCAAGCCGCGCCGGGGCACCAAGUCUCUGACUCUGAUGCGCGAGUUCGACAUCGUCGGCACCGUGCUGAGCAUGGGCGCUAUUGUCACGCUGAUCAUGGCCACCAACCUCGGCGGUGCUCUGUAUCCCUGGAACAGCGGACAGAUCAUUGCGCUCUUCGUCGUGUCCUUCGUCCUCUUCAUCUCCUUUGGUAUCCAACAAACCUACACCAUCUUCACGAGCUUGACAGGGCGCAUCUUCCCCAUCCAGUUCAUGAGAAACUGGAACGCGGUCCUCCUGUUCUGCUGCGCCGCCGCUGUCAACACGGCCGGCUUCGUCCCCAUCUACUACGUGCCGCUCUACUUCCAGUUCACCCGCGGUGACAGCGCCAUCACAGCCGCCGUUCGGUUGCUCCCGCUCAUCUUCGUGCUGAGCGCCGCCAUUCUCGCCAACGGGCAUCUCAUGGCUCGCUUCGGCUACUUCCAGCCGUGGUACAUCUUCGGAAGCGUCCUCACCUUGGUUGGCGGUGUCAUGCUGUCUCGCAUCUCCACCGAAACCCCAGAGGGUCAGAUCUACGGUUUCGAGGUCCUGGUCGGUAUCGGCACCGGUUGCUUCAUCCAGGCCGGUUAUGCCGUCAUCCAAGCCGUCACCCCCCCUGAGGACAUGGCCUAUGCCAUCAGCUUCAUGAUGUUGGCGCAACUGGCUGGUAUCGCAUUGGGUCUCGCCAUCUCCGGCGCUGUCUUUGUCAACGACGCCAUUGCCAACCUCGCCGCCGUCUUGCCCAGUGCCUCGCGUGAGCAGCUCCAGAUGGCCAUCUCCGGCACUAGCGGCGAGUAUCUCAGCUCCUUGUCCGCCGAGAUCCGCUCAGCUGCCACCGAUGCCAUCGUGGCCGCCCUCCGCAAGGUGUUCAUCCCCGUUUACGUCGCUGCUGCCUUCAGCUUGGUGCUUUCCGCCCUGUUCACGAAACGGAAGAUGUUUGGCGAUAUCGUUGCCAUUGCUGCUUAA